UUUCCCUUUUCUACUGUCCUAAAGCCACCGAACCUUUUUAUACUGUAUUCUCUAUGCCCCCAAUUCUGACUCCACUGAUUGGCUCUUUUUCUCUUGGAACUUUCCAUCACCCACUUUUUUCCAGGUAAAAACAACUGCAGUGGAAUAUUGAGGCCUCCCCCUCCUUUAUCUCCCCAAAUUCUGUGCUUCUUCAGAGACCCUUUGCUUCCUUUUUUUUUUCAUUGUCUUUUGAAUUUUGGUUGGUGGGCAAUACUAAUAUAUGCAUAGAUAGUCGAUACAGAGGUUUUAAUUUCUUUUUUCUGGGGAGAAUUUGGAGGUCUUGUGAUACAGAGGGAGGUUCAGGCCUUGAGGGGAAAAGAUUGAAAAUGGAUGCUAUAAAGAAGCAAGCAAGUAAAUUAAGAGAACAGGUGGCUAGGCAGCAGCAGGCAAUUCUCAGACAACUAGGACAAUUGGGUCAUGAAGCUGUAAUGGUUGAUGACACUGAAAUGGAGUGUUACCAACAACUCCAAAAUUUGUACAAAUCUACAAGAACUGCUAAGCAUUUGCAGAGGGAUAUCGUCCGUGGUGUAGAAGGAUUUAUUUCAAUAAGCAAAAAGCAGAUGGAGAUAACUAGAAAGUUGGCAGAAGAUUGUUGCAAGUAUGGGAUUGAGAACCAAAGUGAUGCUCUUCACCUUGCAAGGGCUGCCUCUGGUUUCAGUACCACACGUUUCAAUGAAGAUCAUAGGGAAACUAUGCUUGGGAUUCUUGCAAACCAGGUUUGUGAACCUCUGCGCGUGUCCAUAGCUGGUGCUCCAUUAGAAGAUGCUCGCCACUUGACUCACCGUUAUGACAGAGUCCGGCAAGAGUUUGAAGCCCAGGCAGCUGAUGUAUUAAGGCGUAGAUCAAAGUGUAAAGAUUCUUCUGCAGAGAGUGUUAUAAAGCUAAAAAGUUCAGAAGCAAAGUUGACUGAGCUUAAAUCUUCAAUGUUGGUGCUUGGGAAUGAAGCAAUUUCCGCUAUGUUGUCAGAGGAUCAGCAACAGCAACUUACUUUUCAAAAGCUUCUUAGCAUGGUGGAUGCUGAGAGAUCUUAUCAUCAAAACAUUGUGCUUUUAGAGAAGCUGCAUUCUGAGAUGAUUCUGGAGGAGCAACUGAACGAGUCUUCGUUACAUUCAUCAUUUAGCCAGAAAGAUUCCUGUUCUCUAUUUGUACAUGUAGAUACCAUAAAUAAGUCUGAAGAUGAUGCAUACUUUAUUGCAAAGGUUAUACACUCUUUUGAUGCCCAAGCAGAUGGCGAGCUUAGCCUUGCAGUUGAUGAUUUGUUGUUAUCUAGAAAAGUGGCUCCUAAUGGAUGGUCCGAAGGAGAAUGCAAGGGCGAGGCUGGAUGGUUUCCUUCAGCCUAUGUAGAAAGGAGAGACAAGAUUCCUGCAAGCAAGGUAUCUUGAUGGUGGUGACAUUCUGUUAAGAAUAUGCCUUGUUAUAGAGCUGAAUAUUUUGUAUAUCUCAACAGCACUGGAAGGUUCGGGCAAUCGGUUUUAGUUUUGCUGCCUUCAAGUUCAUACAUGAAAUUCCCCUUCAUUGUAUAGUUCACUGUUGCUCGUUUGUUUGUGACAAGUUUACCCUAGUUGGGAUCUGGGAUUCUUUUCCAUUUGAAGAUCAUAACUUUGUGUACUUUUAUUUUUGGGUUGAAGUGCUUUGAUGGGGAUGAAUACUGAUGCCUGGUGGAGAGUAA